CGGGAGUCACACAGUUCCUAUGUGUGCUGCAGGAACACCGCCAACAAGCAAGAGCCUGGUCCUCUCACAAGGGAAAUAAUCCUAUCCAUUCUCCUGCGCGCAGAGGAAACUGAAAUAUUCGAGCAACUGGAUACUAAGAUAGAGUUUGUGACUGGGACUCUGAGGAACUGCACUCACACAAAAUCCACUGUCUACUGCAGUCUUACCAGUCCAACCAACCAACCAACCAACCGUCAGGAUGACCUUCACUGCCAUGACCUGGAUCCCCGUCCUCUUCCUCGCACUCCUGCUGCUGUGCGUCAGGGACUCAGCUUCCCUCUUCCUGCCAGACUCCAAGGAGCUCAGGCAGCUGCUGAGCCGCUAUGAGGAGGAAGCGGACUGGGAUGGUACCAGCAACACAGCUGGCAAUAGGACCCGACGAGCCAUCCUCUGGUCGGACCGUGAGGAGAUCCUCCAGCUGCACAACAAACUGAGGGGUGGCGUCUACCCCACUGCCUCGAACAUGGAGUACAUGGUUUGGGAUGAUGAGUUGGAGCGGUCUGCCACUCAGUGGGCAGAGGAGUGUCAGUGGGACCAUGGACCUCAAGACCUGCUAAUGUCUAUCGGACAAAACCUGGGUGUUCACUGGGGCAGAUACCGCUCUCCUGCCUUCCACGUCCAGAACUGGUACGAUGAGGUGAAAGACUACACAUAUCCCUACCCCCACGAGUGCAACCCCUGGUGUCCAGAACGCUGCUCCGGGCCCAUGUGCACCCAUUACACCCAGCUGGUCUGGGCAACAACUAGCCGAGUGGGCUGUGCUGUGCACGUGUGUCCAAGGAUGAACGUGUGGGGAGAAAUAUGGGAGAAUGCCGUUUACCUUGUGUGCAACUAUUCCCCAAAGGGCAACUGGAUUGGAGAGGCCCCAUACCAGCAUGGCCGCCCUUGUUCCCAGUGCCCUCCCAGCUAUGGAGGAGGAUGUAGAAACAACCUGUGCUACAAAGACUCUCAGCGCUCAGAGACAGAGGACAUGAACGAGGUGGAGAAGCCUCAGGUUCCACUUCCGCCUCGUACCACCGCAAAACCUGCCCCCAAGCCUAAACCAUCUGCUCCGAAGAAACCAGUUUCCAAGCCCUCCACUCCUAAGCCCACCACAACGAGGGCACCAUCUUCAAAGACUGCCGGCAACACCUACUUAGCUCAAAACAUCAAGUGUGAGACUAGACUGCGAGAUAAGUGCAAAGGAGCAACCUGCAACAGAUAUAACUGUCCAGCUAACUGCAUGAAUAAGAAAGGGAAAGUCUGGGGAACUCUCUUCUACGAUGUGCAAUCAAGUAUCUGUCGAGCUGCUAUUCAUUUUGGCGUGAUUGACAACAACGGAGGACUGGUCGAAAUCACAAGAAUAAACAAGUCUCCAUUCUUUGUCAGAUCCCAAAAGAAUGGCAUCGAGUCUCUCAGUAAAUAUAAACCUGGCAAUGCCUUUGUGGUGGCCAAAGUGGAAGAAAUGACUGCUGACUGCUACACCACAGUGGCUGAAAUCUGCCCUUUCAAAAAGCCCAACUCACACUGCCCAAGAAUCUUCUGUCCAGACAGCUGCAAGACUCAGCCUUCUUACUGGUCACCUGUUAUUGGAAACAACAUCUACUCAGAUAGCUCCAGCAUUUGUAAAGCAGCCAUCCAUGCAGGGGUGAUCAAAGCAGACGGUGGCUUUGUGGAUGUUCUGCCUCUGGACAAGAGAAAGAGCUACGCUGGAGUCCUGAAAAAUGGCGUCCAGUCUGAAAGCAAGAGCAACACAGAGGGAGGCUCCUUCCGAGUCUUUGCUGUGAGGCAGUGAGACUUCAGUUCAGAAGUCCAAAGACCAACAGAGUCACCUCAGCUGCUCUUGAAGAGCAGGAAGUGCCCACAGAUUGGAUACCAAGGCUGUUCAUCUAUCUCUGUACCUUCAGUGGAAACAGAAUGUCCCAGCAGGUGGAUACACACCUUUCCCUUUUCUUAGUUAUCAAACAGUAGUCACCCACUAAAAGUAAUUGUCCAAUAUUUUAAUAGAUUGUUUAUUUGUUCUCAUCUUUUAACUCCAGAUAUGGAUAUUUCUUAGACAUACGUAAUCUGUGAAUACAGAAUGUUUUUAUAUUUUACGAUGCAUUGAACAGCUGGUGCUGGAAGUUUUGAGUUAGACAUGUUUUACAGAAAGUACUAUGUUUACAUUCGUGUUCUUAUUACAAGUAUAAGUUGGUUUUCAUACACAGGAAUGUAUACUGAUCACACUGUAUUUAAUCAUUGUGUACAGAAUAUAUGAUAUUUUGUUUGUUUUAAAAAUGGAGUACCAUAUAUUAACAUUUAUAUUUUCUAUUCAGAUUUUUUUCAUUUAAUUAUAUUGCCUUCUUCUUCUUCUUCUUCACCUGGAUAAUAUUUGCUUUUCUGCUCCUAAAAAUUUAGACUGUGAAACCAAAUCUAAGUCUAAAUUGUAUUUAUAAGUGAAGAAGUGUGCUAACUGUGAGUAAGGAUGUGUCGUUGGCUGAGUGGACCAGAACUCAUCAGGCAGACAUAAAAGUAGAGGAAACAGUAAGGUAAAUGAAAGUGCAUCCAGGCAGCAGGCACUGCAAUAGGGAAUUAAUGUUUCCGCUAAGAAGGCUGGUGUUGCUGCAGUGCCAGACAUGUGGAGGGGAUUAAGUGAAGAGUUACACUGCUGAGUUCACUGUGUAGUAGAUGAUAGUUGGAGGAGAUUGGCCUUUAGAAUGGUGGCAGUAUUGUGGACAAUCACAGACAGCAGAUAUGUUUCUAAUAAUUAGCAGUAAAAUGCGAUUUUAUAUUUAUUGUUGCUCAGUGCUUUCUUUGUUUCUUUAUUUCUUUGGCUUCUCUAAGAUAAUGUUAAAAUGUUAAUUUUGCCCCCUCCCCCACCAGACAGAUGAAUGUGUGACAUGUUUCAGGUACAGAGUGCAAUUUUUUUUUUUUGUGUGUGUGUAUGUGUGAAGACCAGGCCAUAAUUUGAGGUGUGUGAAUGUUAAGGAUUCCCAUCACCAAACUGUAGUUUAUGCACUUUGGAACAAACUACACUAUGGUAUGCAGUGCAUGUAGGAGA